AUGCUAGGCUCUGUCACUCCGGUUAAAGACCAAGGAAAAUGCGGAUGUUGCUGGGCAUUUGCUGUCGUGGCAGCCAUGGAAGGCAUCAUCCAUAUCAAAACCGGUAAACUAAUUUCGCUGCAAGAGCAACAACUAGUAGACUGUUCCAAAAAUGGCAAUGGCGGAUGCAAUGGUGGUUGGAUGUGUAUCGCCUAUCAAUAUAUUAUGAAUAACCAAGUACCAACUCAACUAGAGGCCGCAUUAAAAGAUGCUGUGAACAAUCAGCCAGUUUCAAUUGCAAUCGAUGGUAGUGCACAGACCUUCAAGUUAUACAAAGGUGGUAUUUAUGAUGGACGUUGUGGGACAAAUUUAGACCAUUCUGUUGCCAUCGUUGGAUACGGGACAGAUGGUGAGGGGACCAAAAAAAGGACAAUUAAAAAUUCAUGGGGCGAAAAUUGGGGUGAGAAUGGUCAUAUGAGGAUUAAGAGAGAUGUUGCUGCAGCUGAAGUCUUUAUAUCCCAGACAGUGCUUGAGAUUCAAGGCCAGUUGGCCUAA